AUGUCGUCUUUCGCAACCAACAGCACGUGCAUGGACACGCCGUCGGGGCUGAAAGCUGACAGCUCACUGAUUCUGAUGCGUCAGACUCUGAAGCCAGCCGGAGCCAGCCAACAGAGUCAGCAGCGCACAUUGGGCAGGAAUGUGUUUCAGAGUUGGAAGUUUCAACACCAUUUCAUAUUCAAAGAAGAAAGGGGUUGGCGGAAUUUCACAGUGCAAUGCAAACUCUGCUUGCCAGCAAAGAAGAUGCUCUCUGUGUCAAAAGACUCCACCUCCAACCUAACAAAGCAUCUGAAAAGGAUGCAUCCCAGGGUUAUACACAGUUUACCCAAAGCAAAUACAUCGGAUCAUGGUGAUGAUGGCAAAGACACAGCCCCUCCUCCUCUCAAACAAGCCAUCCUUAGCACUCCAGCCAUCACCCAAAGGAGAGUAAAUUCCUUGAUAUUUGACUUCAUAGUCAAUGAAGUGCUGCCCUUUUCUACCGUUGAGAAUGCCUCAUUCCGUAAGAUGGUUGAAGGACUAAGUGGGGCUUUCAAUGAAUAUGGAGAUUCAGAAACAGAAGAUGAUCUGGAAGACACAGAUGAUGUACAAUUUGAUGAUGUCACUACAGUUCUUGAGGAGGAGCAAGAACACAAGGAGCUGAACUUAUUUUUGCCACCACACCAUCGAUGUGCUGCGCACACACUAAAUCUCAUUGCCACGACUGACCUUGAUAAAGCUGCUUCACAGCAGGGUGUUUCCAGAAAAUUAUAUAGGAGUGCAAAGGCAAAAUCUGCAGCCAUCUGGAAUAAGGCUCAUCGCUCAUCAGGUGCUUCUGAUGUAAUUGAAGAAAUUGUCCAAAUGAGAUGUGUUGUACCUUCAGUGACUAGGUGGAGCUCAGAAUACCAUGCAAUCGAGAAGCUAAUGAAUCUAGCUGAAAGUCAGCUCAAUGAAAUCUGUGAACAACUGAAGGUGGCAAAACUGCAUCCUCAAGAGACAGUGUUUCUCAAAGAGUAUGCAGCCAUUCUGAAACCACUUGCCUACUCAGUCAACCUGUUCCAGGGGGAAAAGAACUGCUAUUUCGGAUAUGUGAUUCCCACCCUUCUCAGUCUGAAAGCCAAGUUAUCUGAAAAGUUGACACAAGUGCAAUUUUCAACUCAUAUCCUCUUAGCGAUCAUCAAAGCAAUUGACACUCGAUUUGCAGCUGUAUUAGCCUCCCAUGAAGCAAGGAUGGCAGCAUCCACCAUCCCAAAAUUUCGACUCUGGUGGCUUGCUGAUGAUGAGAGAGAAUCCAUGAGAAGAACAAUGGUCCAAGAGGCCCGUCUCCUCAACACAGAACCUUCUAAUGACACCAGCACCACUGGAUAUGCCUCAGUGGGAAAUGAGCCGGAAGAUGAUGAUGACAGCUUCUUCAGUUUUCAGAGUACACAGGUGACCUGUUCUACAGCGCAGGAUGAGCCCACAGACAAGUGCCCCGCGCAACGCGGCAUCCCCCCACCCGGUCUCAGCUGCCUUAACACGGAAAUCGAUGGAAAACUCCGCUACAGAGGAGUGGCUCUGUCGGAGCGCCGACAACCGUCGUGCGGCUUCGUCCGCACGCAAAUGGUGGUGAAAAACGGACUUAAAACCUUGGACAAAUUGAACAUAUGCUCGGGCAAGGAUUCCCGGGAUGUGGGAGAAAAGCUGAGAUUGAUCUCUGUGGUGAUCCCGGAAUUGCGGCUUCACGAACAGCUGACAGGCAAGCGGGUGAUGGAUCUGGGGUGA